AUGCCCAGAAAAACCGACGCGGACGACCGGAAGAACCGACUCGACGCCGAGGCACAAGCCGCGAUCGCCGACAUGAGGUCCAGAACACCCCCUAGACAACUGGGAACCUUCGACGCCUGUUGGGCCGGAAAGCAAGUAACCCCAAUUUCCCAUGUUCUAACCUUGCUAACAGCUCGUGUGCACCGCAGUGCUUCUCCGGCAGUCAAGCAGCAAUACCUGCAAGACCGGAGACAGAACUAUCCGACAGCAGCGAAGAGAGCCGCUGCUGCUGCCGCUCGGCCGGUUGCGAGUACCAGUUCGAAGACUGUCGUGACGUCGAGUUAUAGCUCCGGUGGGAGCUCGAAGCAGGCUACCAGCUCGUCGGGCCAUAGUUCUAAGAAGACUUCUUCUGGUACCUCUAAGAAGACUCCGACUGGUACUAGUUCCUCUAAGAGUACAAGCGGAUCACGCAAACGGUGA